AUGGCGGCGGGGCAUCUUGAGCAAUACAUAGAUGGGGGCAUCAAGGCCACGCCAGCGGACCAAACCGAGCCAAAUGGCCUGGCCGCCCUAGAAGCUUCCCCGCAAGGUGUAAUCAAUGUCAUCCAUGGCAUCAUUGAACCGGCCAGGGUCUGCGAGCUGAGAGGGAUGAUCAAGAAGGUCGAGCACAUGAAGGAAGUGCUCUCUGUUCAACCCGCUGUGAAGAAGGGAAAGACCGAAGAGAGGGACAUCCUUUCAUUCUCAACCAAGGACUUGGAAAGAGUUCAGAUGCCGCACAAUGAUGCUUUAGUAGUCACUUUUCGCGUCAAAGACUUUGACAUCAAGAGGAUCUUGAUCGACUAG